AAAUCCACCGAGCUGUUGAUCCGCAAACUGCCCUUCCAGCGCCUGGUGAGGGAAAUUGCGCAGGAUUUCAAGACCGAUUUACGCUUCCAGAGCUCGGCCGUUAUGGCCCUGCAGGAGGCCAGCGAGGCCUACCUGGUGGGGCUGUUCGAGGACACCAACCUGUGCGCCAUCCACGCCAAGAGGGUCACCAUCAUGCCCAAGGACAUCCAAGCUGCCGUUAUGGCUCUGCAGGAGGCCAGCGAGGCCUACCUGGUGGGGCUGUUCGAGGACACCAACCUGUGCGCCAUCCACGCCAAGAGGGUCACCAUCAUGCCCAAAGACAUCCACUCGGCCGUUAUGGCCCUGCAGGAGGCCAGCGAGGCCUACCUGGUGGGGCUGUUUGAGGACACCAACCUGUGCGCCAUCCACGCCAAGAGGGUCACCAUCAUGCCCAAAGACAUCCAGUUGGCCCGCCGCAUCCGCAAAACCGGAGGCAAGGCCAGAGCAAAGGCGAAGACCCGCUCCUCCAGGGCCGGGCUCCAGUUCCCCGUGGGCCGCGUCCACAGGCUUCUCCGCAAGGGAAACUACGCCCAGCGGGUCGGGGCCGGAGCCCCCGUGUAUCUGGCCGCCGUGCUGGAGUACCUGACCGCUGAGAUCCUGGAAUUGGCGGGAAACGCUGCCAGAGACAACAAGAAGACCAGGAUCAUCCCCCGCCAUCUUCAGUUGGCCGUCCGUAAUGACGAGGAGCUGAACAAGCUUUUGGGCGGAGUGACUAUCGCCCAGGGCGGUGUGCUGCCCAACAUCCAGGCCGUGCUCCUGCCCAAGAAGACCGAGAAGGCUGCCAAGGCCAAAUGUGCUUUAUAUCCACGACACGACGGCAGACGUUCAGCAACAAUGAGUGGAAGAGGAAAGGGCGGGAAGGGACUCGGUAAAGGAGGCGCCAAGCGUCACCGUAAAGUGCUCCGCGAUAACAUCCAGGGAAUCACCAAGCCUGCCAUCCGUCGUCUGGCUCGCCGUGGCGGUGUGAAGCGAAUCUCCGGCCUCAUCUAUGAGGAGACCCGCGGGGUGCUGAAGGUCUUCCUGGAGAACGUCAUCCGGGACGCCGUCACCUACACCGAGCACGCUAAGAGGAAGACGGUGACCGCCAUGGACGUGCGAUUCAACAUGCCUGAACCCGCCAAGUCAGCGCCCAAGAAGGGCUCCAAGAAAGCCGUGACCAAAACCGCCGGCAAAGGGGGCAAGAAGAAGAGAAAGACCAGGAAGGAGAGCUACGCCAUCUACGUGUACAAGGUGCUGAAGCAGGUCCAUCCCGAUACCGGCAUUUCCUCCAAGGCCAUGAGCAUCAUGAACUCCUUCGUGAACGACAUCUUCGAGCGCAUCGCCGCGGAGGCUUCCCGCCUGGCUCACUACAACAAAAGGUCCACCAUCACCUCCAGGGAGAUCCAGACCGCCGUGCGCCUGCUGCUGCCCGGGGAACUGGCCAAGCACGCCGUGUCCGAGGGCACCAAGGCCGUCACCAAGUACACCAGCUCCAAGCAAAAUGUGAACAUGGGGUUGAAUUAA